AGUAUGUUGGCUGUGCUCUCUUUGAAUCUGGGAUAAUCUAACUUCCACCACAACCAAACACUGCGAAGACAUCUACAGAGAAGGAUAACGGCGAUUUUAGAGGAUUCAAACGAUUUGCUUUUUGUUUUUGAUACUCUGCCGUCCUAAGAAAUUCAGCUUUCUUUUCCUUUACUAUUUUCUUCAGCUUCGUGGUUUCCUUCGUUUCCUCAGGCUAAGAAUCUUCUGUAGGAAGAAAUCGAUUUCUCCUGCACGUGUCUAAUUUUCCGGUAAUCUUUGCAUGGAUAAUUAACAUCUUUUUGGAUUCAUUUUGUUUUCAUAUUCUUACUUUGGUUGUUUAAGGUUUUCCUUUUUCUCUCUUUCUUCUAGCAUUUUUUGCUAAUUUUAUAACCCCUUGCAUUUUUUUCUUUUACUUCCUAGACGUCUUUGCGAAGAGUCGGCUGAUUGAUAAUUGAAUAUCUCUUCCGUCGCGCUGUCUUUUCAAAACGUUUGCGAUUUGAAACUUUGGAAGAGAAAUCUAUCUUGAUUUCUAGUCGCUUUUGCUUUCCUUAGAUUUUCUUUCGUCCUCCCCUUGUUAACCGUUGGCUUGCGAUCGAAGCAUCCAGCGUUGCGUUUUUGCAGCUUUGAUUUUUGUGCAAAAAUUUUGGUUACAAUUAAACCCUAAACAAAGGGAUAUAUCCUUGUUCAUUCCUUUCUUUCAUUCUUGGGGUUUGCAACUUUGUUUGGUUGGUUGAAAACCGUUUCGCAUCUCUCCUUUCACUUUCUUUUUCAUAAAUUUCCUUCUUUUCUUUUGCAUCUUUCUUUCUUAUUCCUAUUUCUUUAAGACUCGGGUUUCCUGUCCAUUUGAAACCCUAUAUUUUUUAUUUUUUUUUGCAUUUUAAAAGCCCAUUUUUCUACGAAUCCGCCUGAUAUCCUUUCCCUUACAUUUUUUAUAUACAACUAUACUCUCGUUUGUUAUCAUUUUAAACUAUAUAUCUAUCUAUCCAAUUUGUCCUGAUUCUUUGAUUUCUUUUCUCCGCUCUUUACGAAAUUAGUUCUUAUGCAUGGUCCACGUGAAUUAUGGAUAUUUAAAGCUUUAACUGCUUUCCUACUCCUUUUUCUUCCUUUUGCACAUGCUGCCCCGUACAGUAAAGAGGAAGAACCUUGGAAUUUGAAUACAAACAAAGAUGCGCGUGACAUUCUCGAUUAUUCGGGUGAAUGGGAAAAUCAUGAAUUUUUCCCAAGUCCUGAUAAUUGGCGUAUCAACUUCAUUGCCAUUAUUUUAGACCGAUGGUACGAUGGUGACCCGGUAAACAACGAUAUUAUGGGAACUCCUUUUGAAAAUGAUAUUUCUGAGGUUUCUUUCCGUAAUGGUGGUGAUAUAGUCGGUCUGGAGCUUUCUUUGGACUAUAUCCAAGCUCUUGGUAUCAGAGGUAUUUAUAUAGCUGGUACUCCCUUUCAAAAUCAACCUUGGGGUUAUGAUCAGUUUUCUCCACUUGAUUAUACCAUCUUGGAUCAUCACACUGGUACUAUCGAUCAAUGGCGUUCAACCAUCAAUGCAAUUCAUAGCAGAAACAUGUACAUCAUUCUCGAUCAUACCGUCGCUACCCUUGCUGAUUUAGUUGGUAUCGUUGACCAUCUCAACGAUAGUAGUGGUGUGCCGUUCAGCUUGAACGAAUACAACGCCAUGUGGAAGACCGAUCAACAUUAUGCAGACUUUAAUUUUACCAAUGUUUACAAUACAUCCUGUGAAUAUCCCAAAUUCUGGGGUGAAGAUGGUAGUCCGGUUGCCUUGCAAUACAAGGGAUGUUAUGAUUCUGAUUUUGAUCAGUAUGGUGAUACUGAAGCUUUCGGUGCACAUCCUGACUGGCAGCGUCAGUUGUCCAAGUUCGCUUCCGUACAAGAUCGUCUUCGUGAUUGGAAUCCAAACGUUGCUAUACGGUUGGAACAUUUAUCCUGUUUGGUCAUCUCCAUGUUGGAUGUAGAUGGUUUCCGUAUUGAUAAGGCUACCCAGAUGACUGUUGAUUUUAUCGCUGACUGGUCGAUGUCCGUCCGUAACUGUGCUAGACAAAAAUAUAACAAGAAGAACUUCCUCAUCGUUGGUGAAGUUACUGGCUCUUCCAGUUAUGGUUCAAUCUAUUACAACCGUGGACGUCAACCAGAUCAACGACCUUCAAAUUCAACUAUCGCUUAUAACCUUACCAUUGAUGAUAAUAAAUAUUCCCUACGUGAUAAAAAUCAUGGCGGUUUUGAUUCAUCUGCGUUCCAUUAUUCCGUUUAUCGUGCCAUCGUUCGAUUUUUGGGUAUGGAUUCAAAAGUCGAAAUUGGUUAUGAUACUCCUUCUAUGUUUACAGAUGCUUGGACUCACAUUCAAAUAAACGAAGAUGCUGUCAAUAUGAACACCGGUGUAAUUGAUGCUCGUCAUAUGUAUGGUAUUACUAACAACGAUUUGUUCCGUUGGGGUUCGCUUAUGAAUGGUACUGGAAGGGCCAUUUUGGGAACAAUGAUUACCACACUGAUGUUCCCAGGUAUUCCAUUGCUAUACUACGGUGAUGAACAGGGAAUGUAUGUACUAGACAAUAGUGCAGAUAAUUACUUGUACGGUCGUCAGGCCAUGAACAGUGCUAGAGCCUGGUAUAUUCACGGUUGUUACUAUGGUAAGGCAGCUUCUUAUCCAAGGGCCGAUUGGACUCCCGCGAACAAUGGUUGCAAAGAUCCUUGGAACUAUCUUGAUCAUUUUGAUAUUGCAUCUGCUCAUCAUAACGUAUAUAUGAAUAUGAACUCUAUUCGCCGUCAUUAUUAUAGUUUGAGUGAUGGUUAUCGUUUCGACAUGAUUCGAAAAUGGGUGGAAGAUGUUUACUUUCCGGAUAGUCAGCCGUAUGCCACUCCCAUGGGUUUAUACAGUGUUUUACGUGGUCCCAUGGAAGGCAUUCAAUUCCAACAUUAUGACUCAUUAAAAAAUACUGACACCCACAAGAAAACUUUGGUAUGGAGUUUAUUUGCUAACAGAAAUGACACCUAUUCUUGGAACUAUGAUUGCAAUGACAAAGACAAAGCGAUUAUUGGUCCUUGGAAGGAAGGUACUACGGUAAAGAAUCUUAUUUACCCUUAUGACGAGCAUAAACUCCAAAAAUCCUGGAAUAAGACAUGGGGUUGUUUACCAGGAGUCACGUUUGAACCAUACGAGUUUAAAUUGCUUGUGCCAAAGGAUGAAUUUAUUGAAAAUGAUCCUGUGAUCACAAAACUAACACCUAGUCAUGAUGCUAGGUUGGAUUAUCGCGGCAAUGAAAUGGAUAUUAGUAUUGAAUUUUCUCGACCAAUGGAUUGCGACUCUCUUACUCGUUCAUUGAAAAUUCAAUCUUCUACUCGCCCGAAAAACAUCACGGCUCGCUAUAUAGAUAAUACAGUGCAAUGUAGAAACCUGUCGGAUUCAGAGAUUGACAAGAGCAAUUUAUUGCAUUCUCAAUCACCAGGUGUUUUCCGCUGGUCUGCUAAGCUUACUGAUGUCUAUGAGGGUGUUCAUCGCGUUUCAGUCGGACCAGCUACGACUUCUGAUAACUCUUCUUCAACCUUAGCACAAGAUAAUUUCCUUUUCCGCUACGGUAAGAGGGAUAAUCCUGUCGUAUUCUACGCUGCAAACUACUCAUCCCAUCUGUUGGUAAAGAAAGAUGAUGGUUUCUAUCUUAACCAUUCUUCUCCAGGAGCCGAAAAAUUUAGGUAUAGCAGGGAUUUCCAGUCUACUUGGAGCGAUUGGUUAGACUAUAACGGUGGAUUGACCAAACUGAAACCCACGAAUUGGACUGGCACGAAGGAGCAGCGUUGGGAGGGAGAGCAUGUUCAUGUUCAAUAUUGGAGUGAACUUACUGCUUCCGCCAAUUACAUGCAACAAGGUGAUUAUGAUUACAAAUAUCGAAGAUCGUUCCCCCACAUGUUUUUGGAAGGUGGUUUUAACGAAUAUGGAUAUGAUUCUGGUGUUGAGAAUACGUUCAAGCAAAUUGAUGAUUCACUUUGGGAAUUGGGCUUUACUAGUGCUCAUUAUCCUGCGACAAUCCAAUUCAAUGUUUGGGGUAUGGACCCAGAUGGUAAGCCUGACAGAACUCGUAUAUACGGAAGUCAAGGUAACUCAUCCGUUCUGAGUCGAAGUGAUCCUUCGUCCUUUAUUUCCAAUAAUGUGACUAUUAAGGAAGGUCCAAAUGGGACGCAUCUUUCUUAUAGAAUUCGAUUUAGAGAUGAUGCCAUGUUUUUCCAGUUGUAUCCUACAGGUGAAUGGAGUGUUUCAAUUGCUAUAUAUGUAUUAUGUAUUGUGGUACCUCCUAUCUGUGCUAUUUUUGUUUCUUGGAUGUUCAAAAAUUCGUUUUACACUGUCAAAUUAAACAAGUUUGGUAACGACGAAUUUGGUAAAUUUUAUCCUCUCAAAACUCUGGUUCCUUUUAAGAAGAAGGGUGAGACGACUAUGGCCGAUGAUUCUGGUGCUGGUGGUGGCUUAGCUCGUAAAAAGAAAUGUGUCUUAAUCGCAACUUUGGAAUAUGAUAUAACUGACUGGCAAAUCCGUAUAAAGAUUGGUGGUUUGGGUGUAAUGGCUCAAUUAAUGGCAAAGAAUCUCAAGCAUCAAGAUUUAGUUUGGGUAGUUCCAUGCGUUGGUGAUAUCGUAUAUCCUGAAGCUGAAGAAGCGGCUCCUAUCGAAGUUAAAAUAAUUGAUCAGACGUAUACCAUUAACGUCUAUCAUCAUUAUCUGGACAACAUUAAAUACGUUUUGCUUGACGCUCCAGUCUUUAGACGACAGACUACAGUGGAACCAUAUCCAGCACGUAUGGAUGAUCUUGGUUCAGCAAUCUUUUAUUCUGCUUGGAACCAAUGUAUUGCCGAGGUCAUACGUAGAAAUCCUAUCGAUAUUUAUCAUAUUAAUGAUUAUCACGGCGCCCUUGCCCCUUGUUAUCUACUACCUGAUGUGAUUCCCGUCGCCCUUUCGCUUCAUAAUGCUGAGUUCCAAGGAUUGUGGCCUCUCCGUACAGCUGAGGAGAAGGAAGAAGUAUGCGCCGUAUACAACAUCUCUCGAAGGAUUUGUUCACGAUAUGUUCAAUUUGGAAACGUCUUUAACUUGCUUCAUUCCGCUGUGUCUUAUAUUCGAAUUCAUCAGAAAGGUUUUGGUGCGGUAGGUGUAUCUAAUAAAUAUGGUAAACGUUCAUGGGCUCGUUAUCCUAUUUUCUGGGGAUUAAAGAAAAUUGGGAAGCUUCCCAACCCCGAUCCUACUGAUACGGAGGACGUUUUGGAAAAACCCGAGAAAGUUGUUAAUAUAGAUCCCGAUAUGGAAAAGACGAAGGUCGAGCAUAAGAGACUUGCUCAAGAAUGGGCCGGGUUGGAAGUUAAUGACAAGUACGAUUUGUUGGUAUUCGUUGGACGUUGGUCUAAUCAGAAAGGUGUGGAUUUAAUUGCUGAUAUCGCACCUUCUUUGCUGGAGUCAUACAAGGUUCAAUUGAUUUGCGUUGGUCCCGUUAUCGAUCUUUAUGGUAAAUUUGCUGCUGAAAAGCUUGACCUUCUUAUGAAGAAGUACCCCACUCGUGUCUUUUCCAGUCCUAAGUUCACGCAGUUGCCUCCUUAUAUCUUUACUGGUGCUGAUUUUGCCUUAAUUCCUAGCCGUGAUGAACCAUUUGGUUUAGUUGCUGUCGAAUUUGGUCGUAAAGGUACUUUAGGUAUUGGUGCUAAGGUUGGUGGUUUGGGACAGAUGCCUGGCUGGUGGUAUUCUGUUGAAUCUAGUGCGACUCCCCAUUUAUUGAAACAAUUUGAACAAGCUUGUCAACAGGCCCUUUCAUCGUCUCAACGUACCAGAGCUAGACUUCGUGCACGAUCUGCCAAGCAACGUUUCCCUGUUUCACAAUGGAUCGCUAAAUUGGAAGCGCUCACUGAUGGUUGCAUUAAGACUAAUCAGAAGUUCGGUCGUAACUCGCGCGCUCGCUCUUCCUUCUAUUCGUUGCUUCACGAGUCUUUCAGUCGCUCUUCCGAUGCUUUGCCCCAAUCUAACGAUAGUGGUGUGGCCGAUAAACGAGCGGAAGAGGCUGAUAUGAUAAUGAUGAGCAAUGAGGACUCUGCUCCACAAGGAGGAGCAAAUAUUGGUCGAUCUUUAUCUUUGGGUAGUCGUCAUGGUCCUGGUCAUACGGGCAACGAUGACUCCAGUGAUGGUUUGGAUACCAUUCAGGAAGAAAGCAUGAAUGGCGGUGACUCUAAUUCUGGCGGUUCCGGUAAUUCUCCUGCUGGAGUCGAGUAUGAAAAUCAUUCUCCUUCUGAAUACAGCUUUGACUCUGCUGAUUACGAAUUUGAUCCCCAGCGCUCUUACUACUACGAUGACUUGUUCGAUGAUGAAACUACGAUAAGAAAUACCCCAUCCUUCCGUCCUCAAAUGGGCAAUUUCAAUGCCGAGCAUGGUGUAGGUGCAACUUUAAGCCAGGAUGAUUUGAUCGAUACUUCUCAUUCUAGAGAUUCCGGUGCACUCAGCCCACCAUUGGCUCCCUAUGCUAAUAAUUCUCGGAACAAUCCUUACUCAUAUGGUAAUCUUCAAACGGACUCUAGCUUGAGCCUUGCUUCUGUUAUGUCUGGAAAAGAGAAACGGGACUUCUCCUUAACUAAUGUCGAGGAAAUCUUCAGAGAUGAGGAUGGCAAAGCCUUGAGGAACUUCCAAGAUAUGUUACAGAAGCUUACUGCUAAAAACUCUAAAGAUGAACUUUGUAUUGAACAAUACAUCAUGAAAUCGGAACGCAUGUUCUAUCACGAAAGACGUGCGAUCAAGAUGGGUUUACAGAAACCUAACAAAUUGCACGUGAAUGCUACCGCAUCACAAUCUGGCACUGAUGAAGAGUCUUUGAGCAACGGCCAUGCUUCUUAUGAUGACAUAAUCGGUUUAGCUGAUGAGACACCCUCAUACACUAAUUUGGAGGAAGAUUCUGGAUACAAGACUAUUCAUGGUUUGCAGAAGUUCAUGUUAUAUAAGAUUUAUGAUUGGCCUGUAUAUUCCCUUUUUAUUGCACUGGGUCAAAUCCUCGCUUCAACUGCCUACCAGUUGACCCUUUUCACUGGUACUAGCAGUAUCAAAACCUAUGAGUUGUAUGCCAUUUGUGGAUUCUUUAUUGCAGCUUCUUUGUUCUGGUGGUAUCUCUAUUCAAAGGUUCCUGCAUAUUACGUUUUGUCGUGCCCAUUUUUGUUCUAUGCUCUUGCUUUGUUUUUGGUAGGUUUACCUGCAUUCGAUCGUAUAACUGGUGGUAGGGUAUGGAUUACAAAUGUUGGUGCAUGGAUUUAUUCGAUUGCUUCUGCUAGUGGAUCAAUUUUCUUUGCUCUUAACUUCGGUGAAGAAGGCAGUGUACAAACUCGAGUUUGGGUGUUCCGUGCUUGCCUUGUGCAAGGACUUCAACAAGUCUGGUCUGCUGCUUUAUGGUACUGGGGUGCUCACUUGAAUAACAAAGUAAACAAGGGUGAUGCAAAUCAUUACAAGGUUAGUCCUGCUAUUCCUGCCAUCACAUGGCCUUUGAGUGUCAUCUGUGUUAUGAUUGCUUUCAUUCUUUACAAGGGAUUGCCACAGUACUAUAGACAACUAUCCGGUACUAUUCCAGCGUUUUAUAAGUCUCUGUUAAGAAGAAAACUCGUUGUCUGGUUUUGCAUCGCUGUUUUCCUUCAGAAUUUCUGGCUUUCUACAUUAAAUGGACGUUCAUGGUCGUACUUCUGGGAUAUCGGUGAAAUUCCUCAAUGGCAGAUUUUCUUGUUAAUGAUCGCCUUCUAUAUUGUAUUAUGGUUAUUGUUACUUGGCGUUUUGGCUUGGGUUGCUCGUACUCACUCUUGGAUUAUUUGCGUUUUCGGUGUUGGACUUGGUGCACCACGAUGGGUUCAAACCUUCUGGGCUACGUCGAAUAUUGGUCUUUAUUUACCCUGGGCUGGUAGGGCAGGACCUUAUCUUGGUCGUACACUUUGGCUUUGGCUAGGUGUGUUGGAUGCCAUUCAAAACGUCGGUAUUGGUAUGAUUUUGUUGCAAACACUAACACGCCGCCACGUUGCAAGUACAUUGAUGACCGGUCAAAUUAUUGGUGCUGCAGCUACAAUGAUUGGACGUGCAGGUGCUCCUAAUCGUCUCGGACCCGCAAACGUAUUCCUUGACUUUACUCAAUGGACUCGUGGUGAUGGUUCAGCAAUCCUUGCAAGUGCUCCUUUCUGGAUUUGCAUAAUUUGUCAGCUUGCAAUUUGUGUUGGAUUUUUAGCCUUCUUCCGCCGUGAAAAUCUUAGCCGACCUUAAUCUCUUAAACGACUAUUUAUCUAUAGAUGAUGAAUGAAGAGAAAAAAGUGGCCUCAUAAUCCUGGAAAGGAUUAUAUGUUUUGACUUCAACAGUGGAAUUCAUGAAAGGGAAGAAUAUUUUCCCCCAAAAAUAUACUGUUAAUAAGAGUUUUAGCAGUAUCGGAUACUGACUAACGGAUAAGUUAGUCGAUAAUUUGGAUUCCAUCAAGAACGUGUUUAUGAUACUUGUUUCUUUGUAUUUGCAAAAACAUAAUGAUGGUUUACUUAAAAAAAUGUAGAAGCUUUUUGCAAAGUCAAUGGAUAGUUAUGUUUUCCAAAGAUUGAGCAAACGUUUAGGUUAUUACUAGGCAUGUUAAUAUUAUAUAUACAUAUUUGCAUUAGAAUUUGUGUUUCAGUAAAUAGGCAUUUAAAUCGUUGCAUUUA